AUGCAUGAGUCUCUCAUGUUGUUCGAUUCAAUUUGCAACAACAAGUUCUUUAUCGACACCUCCAUCAUCCUCUUCCUCAACAAGAAGGAUCUGUUUGCAGAGAAGAUCAAGAAGUCUGCACUCAGCAUCUGCUUCCCUGAGUACACAGGCCCCAACACCUAUGACGACGCAGCAGCCUACAUCCAAGCACAAUUUGAGAGCAAAAACCGCUCUCCAAAUAAGGAAAUCUAUUGUCACUUGACCUGUGCCACAGAUACAGGAAAUAUCCAGGUGGUGUUCGACGCCGUCACUGACAUCAUCAUCGCCAACAAUCUGCGGGGGUGUGGCUUGUACUGA